UUUUACCUACGGCAAACAUGUGGGCAAACAUUUAUUUGACGAUAUUACUGAGGAUACUUUCGACAAGUGCGGAAAUUCUUACUAUGAAAAAUCAUACCGAUAGAUCGGUUGUACACCGAUUUGCGAUUGAAGCAAUGAGGAAAAAUGGAAUCGCUUCGAACCCGUCAACGGUUGCCGCAUUUUUAUGUAUGGAAAAAGAUGAAACGGUGUUCUUUACAAGAAUCGCUUCGAAGAAUGACGUUUUAAUUAGCGUUAAAAAUCCACUCGAUGGAUCUAGUGGCGAGAUAUUCUUAAGAGAUAGACAUCGACAUCAGAGUUACUACUUGGUCGAUAUCAAUUGCCCAGGUGCUUUCGACGUCUUGCGACAGGCGGAUUCUAGCGGUAUGUUCAUUUCACCAGCAAAGUGGUUACUUCUGCAAGAUAUUGGCGACAAUAACGAUGUGGUGGAACGUCAGAAAGCAAACCAAACUUACGCCAUUAGUUACAGUUUCUUUGGAAAUCUGUCAUUAUUCCCCGACAGCGACGUUAUGAUCGGGCAGAGGAUUGCUCGCGAUCACGUCAAGCUGAUUUCGAUUUAUAAACCAAGUGCAGUUAGAGAUCUCGUCGUAGAGGAUCGCGGAUUUUGGAAAGAUGGACAGGGACUCUAUCUACGUCCCAUGCAAGUAUCCGCUAUCCGAAGAAAGGACUUGCAAUUGACUCCGCUCAAAUCAUGUCUAGUGAUGACGGAUCCAGAUACUAUCAACCAUUUGACCGACUAUCAAAAUAGGCACAUUGAUCCAAUAACUAAAGUAAAUUACCCCUGGAUCCUCUUUUUAAUAGAAAUGAUGAACGCCACAGUUAGCUUCAACGUAGUCGAAACCUGGGGCUAUCGUGAUGCGAACAACAGUUGGAACGGUAUGAUUGGCAUGUUGGAUCGAAAAGAGAUUGAUAUUGGUGGAACUGCCACGUUUUUCACAGCCGACAGAGUAGACGUCAUUGAAUACAUCUCCCUGUAUACGCCCACCAGACCGAAAUUCAUUUUUCGAAGACUACCCCUGUCUUACGUGAGCAACAUAUUUGUUCUGCCUUUUCGGCCAACGGUUUGGCUAGCGAGUGGAAUAUUCUUGAUUCUGGUAGCAGUGCUUCUUUACAUCGCUUGGAAAUGGGAAUGGCACACUAGUACGCCGGAAGAAAGGGAAGAGCCGUAUUGGGCCGGGAAUAUGAUCCGCGUAUCAUGGAGCGAUAAUAUUCUAAUAAUAAUCGGCGCAGUUUCUCAGCAAGGGUCUACGUUUGAACCACGUGGAGUAACCCCACGAAUUAUCAUCUUGAUGUUAUUUGUCGCCGUUGUCAGUCUCUAUACUUCUUACGCAGCUAACAUUGUUGCUCUUCUACAGUCUUCAACAGGAUCGAUCGACAAUCUAGAAAAGCUCUUGCACAGUUCUUUGAAGUUUGGUGUCCACGACACGGUUUAUAAUCGAUACUACUUUGCAUCGUUUCAAGAUCCGAUCCGCCGAGCUAUCUACCAACAGAAGGUUGCACCCCAAGGACAAAAGCCCGUUUGGAUGAGUAUAGAGGAUGGAACAGCUCAGCUGAGAAAAGGGCUGUUUGCGUUCCAUGCCGAAAGAGCACCGGUCUAUAAACUGGUCCAAGAGACAUUCCAGGAAGAUGAGAAGUGCGGAUUUCAGGAAAUCGAUUUUAUGCAUGUUCUCGAUCCUUUAUUAGCUAUUCAGAAGCGCUCUCCUUAUUUGGAAAUCAUAAAAAACGGGGCAUUGAAAAUUCACGAGAGUGGGCUGCAGACUCGACAUUUAACACGGCUGUAUACAAAAAAGCCGGUAUGUCAUCGGCACACAAGCUUUGUCAGUGUUGGUUUGAUUGACUGUUACGCGGCACUGGGUACCCUUGCCUGGGGAUCACUUGCUGCCGUUACAGUUCUCUUCAUAGAAAUUCUUUGGCACAAACGAAAGGCUAGAGUUCUCGACGAAAUCCAUGCCAUAUCUGUAGGAGACUGAGAUCACCAUUAUAAGCAAGCAAGAGAUAACGUGUCAUCUACUCAAUUGCAACAUUUAUUGCAACUGACACGAAUCUGGUUGCUCGGCAGAUAUCAUUAGUAGUAUUACUACAGUGGAAUUUUCGCAUAAAUUAUUGGAUGUAUUUUUGAAUACUUGAAGCUUAAAUGACAUUCUGUAUUGCAAUUAAUAAAUAACUUAGAACUGUGUAUAUACA